UGAUUCGCGAUUGCAGUCUAAAUUUUCUCAUCAAACUUUUUUUUCUCCAUCCGGCUAUCGUGGAUCGAGAGUGAUUGACAUACAAAAGUAAUAACAGAGUAUAUAAUCUAAGUCAAAAGUACUUAAAAGUCAUCGAGUUAUAGAUAAGUUUGUUUAUAAAUAUCCUCAAGAUGUUGGAAAAAAUUGCAAGCCUCCGUACUUUGAGAAGCUUGAACGUUCUGUCAAAAUCGUUUGUGUCUCAAGUGAACACUACUACUGUCAGAACCUAUUCUAGUCGCCUAGUUGCUCCAACAUGCACCAGACAGAUCAGUUGUUUACCAAAGCCAAUUACCUUUAAAAAUGUUAUUACACCAUCAUCGUUACAAGUGGCAAAAAUUGUUGGUAACAACCUUAUUCAAAAGCGUUCUAUGAGCUCACAUGGAGAUCAUGUAAAUAUCUGGAAACUAGAAAGGGUGGUGUCAGCUGCUUUUGUGCCACUAUUACCACUUUGCUUAAUAUUAGAAAAUCCAAUUCUUGAUGGAGCUUUGGCCAUUUUGUCUGUGAUACAUGUUCAUUGGGGUCUAGAGGCAAUCAUUGUAGAUUAUGCAAGACCUAUUGUGGUUGGGCCAAUUGUUCCAAAAGUAUGCAUGGCUGCAUUAUAUGCGUUAUCAGCUGUCACACUUGCUGGUUUACUUGUUCUUAUUUACAAUGGACCCGGAAUAAGCAAAGCUAUUAAGCAAGGCUGGGCUAUUGGCAAAGAUAAAUAAAUUUUGUAGACCUGUUUAUAGAAUAAAUAAUUACCUAAUUCACGUUAUUUUUAAUGUCAAGCUGCAUUAAUGUUGUAAAUUAGACAAUAAACGUUUUCAUGAUAGCGGAGAUACUUAUACAGGAUGUUUUUAAUAUUAUUCUAAAUGACUUAAUUCUGUAUUGAAUUUAAACAGUAAAAUUAUACUUUUAUUCAUUUGUA